AUGGCAGCACCUUCCCAAGAAAUCCCCAAGUCGGUCUUGAUCCUGGGCUCUGGAGUCUUUGGCUUGAGCACCGCAUACAGUCUCUCGCAAAACCCCAAAUUCGCCAAUACAUCUAUUACACUCGUCGACCGCAGUGCGUUCCCUGCUCCCGAUGGUGCAAGUAUAGACAGCAGUCGCAUCGUGCGUCCCGACUAUGCAGAUCUUCCUUACGCCCGUCUGGCCAUCGAAGCCCAAGCACGCUGGAGGAACGAGUGGUGGGGACAGCAAGAUGUAUACCAUGAGCCUGGUCUUGCAGUUGUAGUCAACAAGGACGAAUCCGACAACGGCAAUGGCGACCUGGGCAGAAAGUACAUGAGAGACAGUAUGGCCAAUGUGGAGCGCUGCGGACUCAAGCCAGGCAAGCAGAGCGAGGGUGCGACGGGCAAAGGCGGCUCUUCAGUGGGCGACUUUGGCUAUGUGAACUGGAGAUCUGGAUGGGCAGAUGCUGAGAAGGGUAUGCGUGUGCUGCGCGCCAGAGUCGAAGAGACGAAUCGCGUACACUUCCUGCACGCGUCAGUAUCCCGCCUACAAUUCAGCAACGACGCCGUCACCGGCUGCGAGACAGACGACGGCAGAGUUCUGACCGCAGACCUCGUCGUCUUGGCCACCGGAGCCUGGACGCCAGCCCUCCUCGACCUUCGCGGCCGCUGCAGUGCAACAGGCCAAAUAAUCGCCUACAUCCAAAUCAGCGACGCCGAGCAAAAAGCACUCGGAGGUAGACCAACACUGCUCAACGAAAGCAGCGGCCUCUUCAUCAUCCCACCAAUCAACAACGUCCUCAAGAUCGCUCGCCACGGCUACGGCUACUGCAACCCCGUCAACAUCCCACACCCUGAAGACCCUUCAGCAAAAAACAUUACUGUGUCUCUGCCACGCACACACAUCUCACACCCUGGCCUCGAGAUCCCAGACGAAGGCAAGAAAGCCCUCCGCUCUUUCCUCUCAGCCGUAUACCCCUCGCUCGGCUCCCGCCCAUUCAUCUCCACACGCAUAUGCUGGUACACAGACACCCCUCGCGGCGACUGGCUGCUCUCCUACCACCCAACCUACAAAAAUCUGUUCGUAGCCACCGGCGGUAGUGGCCACGCAUACAAGUUUUUGCCAGUGGUGGGUGACAAGAUAGUAGAUUGCUUGAUGGGUAACCCGCCUGCAGAGUUCAAGGAUAAAUGGGCAUGGCCUGAGCGUGAUUUGGAAGAUCAGGUGUGGACUAAGGAUUGGAGGGGUGGUGUCAAGGGUAUGGUGUUGGAGGAAGAAUUGAAGAAGGGUGAGAACAAGGCUAGACUGUAG